AUGAACAUGUCAGCAAGGGUUGUAUUCGGAAAGGCUCGCCUCACUCCCAAACAGCUCUCCUUCGCGUUUCCUCAGACAGAUUCCCUGAGGAAAGGCAGCCGGUCUACAGGAGGAAAGAGGAGGAUGUUCUCUUUUUCUAUCAGAUGUCGACUGGGCAUCAUCAAAGGGAGAAGCAAAGAUGAAGGACCAUACUCAAAGGGGAGCAAGGAGUCUGGGUCAACUGACCAGUCACAUUCCUCCCGGAGGCGCAGCCUUUCAGAGGAGUACAGAGGAGUGACCACAGUGGACCUGAUGAAAAGAGAAGGCAGCAACCUCGGACUUACCAUCUCCGGAGGGUCUGAUAAGGACGGCAAGCCCAGAGUGUCAAACCUACGGCCAGGUGGGCUAGCUGCCAGGAGUGACCAGCUGAAUGUAGGAGACUACAUCAAGUCAGUGAAUGGCAUCAACUUGUCAAAGCUUCGCCACGAUGAGAUUAUCAGCUUGCUGAAGAACAUUGGGGAGAGAGUAGUGCUGGAGGUGGAGUACGAGCUGCCUCCGUUCGUCCAGACCCCAUCAGGAGUCAUAACAAAAACCAUAGAGGUGUGUUUACACAAGGAAGGAAACAGCUUUGGGUUUGUCAUGAGAGGGGGCUUUCAUGAGGACUGGCGCAGGUCUCGUCCUAUGGUAGUGACCUACGUCAGGCCCGGGGGUCCAGCUGACAGAGAGGGCACUUUGAAGGCCAGCGACCGAGUAUUGAGCAUAGAUGGGAUGCCUUUAAACAGAGAGAAGCACGCUGACGCUCUGACCAUGCUGAUGCAGAGCGGCCAGGAAGCUCUGUUCCUGAUUGAGUAUGACGUCUCUGUCAUGGAGGCAGUGCAGCAAGCCUCAGGCCCUCUGCUGGUGGAGAUAGUGAAAGGUCCCUCCGCCAGUCUGGGGAUUAGCCUCACCACAACGAUGUACAGGAGCAAACAAGUUAUUGUUAUUGAUAAGAUAAAGGCAGCCAGUGUGGUGGAAAGGUGUGGAGCGCUGCAUGUAGGUGACAUCCUUUUGUCUAUAGAUGGGACCAGCACAGAACACUGCUCUCUGAUGGAGUCCAUGCAGCUUCUUGGCAACACCUCUGAAGUUGUCAAACUGGAGAUUCUCCCGGCUAGUCAGAGCAGACUUCCUGUCAGGCCGCAAGACACAGUAAAAGUGCAGAAGAGCAACCACCAUCACUGGGAUCAAAGCAGCAACUACUGCCAUCCCCCACAUGCCAGCCACGGCAAGACAUGGAGCAGCCCAAGCCACCCACACAACCAGCAGGACCACUGCAAAUCUCUGGUGAGUGGUGGAUUCUCCCCUUCCUCCACAGCUACCUCAGGCUUCAGCAGCCAGGGUAGCAACACUCUGCCCUGCCCCAUCCCUCCGAUCGCUCCCACCAGCCCCCGCGGCUCGACCGGCAAGAGGAGGACCAGGAAGAAGGACCACAAGAGCUCACUAUCUCUGGCGUCCAGUUCUGUUGGCCCAGGGGGGCAAGUUUUUCAUGUGGAAACAAGCGAGGUCGUCCUGAGGGGGGAUCCGCUCACAGGUUUUGGGAUCCAGCUGCAGGGGGGUGUCUUUGCCACUGAAACCCUGUCUGCUCCCCCAGUCGUCCGCUUUAUUGAGCCCGACAGCCCAGCUGAGAGGUGUGGACUGCUGCAGGUUGGAGACAGGCUGUUGUCCAUUAACGGGAUCCCAACUGAAGAUGGCACUUUGGAGGAAGCCCAUCAGCUGCUCAGAGACUCUGCUCUGGCCAAUAAGGUCACAGUGGAGAUUGAGUUUGAUGUUGCAGAGUCUGUGGUUCCCAGCAGUGGCACCUUCCAUGUUAAACUGCCCAAGCGGAGAGGAGUGGAGCUGGGCAUCACUAUCAGUGCAAGCAAAAAACCCGGCAAACCUCUCAUCAUCUCUGACAUAAGAAAAGGAAGCAUAGCACACAGAACAGGCACUCUGGAGCCUGGUGACAGGCUGCUGGCCAUUGACAGCGUCCGCCUGGAGAACUGCACCAUGGAGGAUGCCAUGCAUGUCUUGCAGCAGGCUGAGGACAUGGUCAAACUUCGGAUACAGAAAGAUGAGGAUAACAUUGAUGAGUUGGAGAUGUCAGGAUCUAUAAUCUACACAGUUGAGCUGAAGAGGUAUAACGGACCACUGGGCAUCACGAUUUCUGGUACAGAGGAGCCCUUUGACCCCAUCGUCAUUUCUGGCCUCACCAAGAAAGGCCUGGCAGAGAGGACCGGGGCCAUCCAUAUAGGAGACAGAGUCUUGGCCAUCAAUGGAGUCAGUCUAAAAGGAAAGCCACUGAGCGAGGCCAUCCACCUCCUGCAGAUGGCCGGAGAGUCCGUCACUCUUAAGAUCAAGAAACAAGCCGACCAGUCUGAUGGCCGGCGGCCCCUGGAAAGAGAAGCUGGUUUUCUAAGUGACACAGAGGAUGAUCUGACAGACUCCCAGAAGAUGAGUAAACACUCAGAGGUCUACUCUGCCACUGUGCCAAGUAUAGAUUCUGCUAUGAGCUCCUGGGAUGGCUCAGGGUUCGAUGCGGGCUACGGUAGCCAAGGGACAUAUCUUCACAAAGCUUCUGAUAUAUUGCUCAAUCCAAAUGAGUGGAGACGUACAAAGCACAGGAACCAAACAAGUUCCAGAUCUGCAGGCUUAGUCCACCACACAUCGCUCUAUGAUGGGAGUUUCACAGAGGAUGAGUGGGACAAGAUACCUGGAUUCGUCAGCCCUCCUCGUUGCCAUGGCACCCUGAACCAUGAAGACAGCUUCUGGUCCCAGGCCCUGCAGGACCUCGAGACCUGUGGCCAGUCAGAGAUUCUCAGGGAGCUGGAGGCAUCCAUGACAGGUAGUGCUCUAAGUCUGUACCUAGAGGAGACCAAGACGAAUGAAGACUCCAUGUUUCAGUCUGAAAUUAGUCCCAUUAAGAGGGAGGGAGUCCACGUCGAGUCUAAGAACAAAAGCAACCUGAACAUGUCAACUGGCCCCAGAGACGUAGCAUCCCAGGGAAAAGGGGACCCCUCUGAUAUGUUGUCUCCUACUACCCUGGCACUACACAAGGUGACUAUAAGGAAAGACCUUGAGAGCCAUGACUUUGGUUUCAGUGUAUCUGAUGGGCUUCUGGAGAAAGGGGUUUAUGUCAACAUGAUCCGACCAGAUGGCCCAGCUGACGAGGCAGGGUUAAAACCUUUCGACCGAAUUCUUCAGGUGAACCGUGUCAGGACCAGAGAUUUGGACUGCUGUCUUACUGUGCCCCUAAUUAUGGAAGCAGGAGACAGCCUGAAUUUGGUCAUUAGCAGGAAUCCGCUGGCAACAGCAGACACCAGGCUGCCUGAUGACUGUGACGACCCCUCAAAAUCACUGUUCUGCUUUUCUGAGCACAGGACCAACAGCAUUGCCCUGUGA